AUGGCAGCUCCAGAGCCAGGAGUGCUGUCCUCGGCCCCAGUCCCAGAUUUGAAGUGGUAUGAGGAGUCCGAGGAAACCCGCGUCCCCCAGAUAGAACUUCUUGAGACUACCACUGCCCAAGAACCUCCCAACCCUUCGGAGUCUUUUUGCGCCCGAGACUGCCUGGUGCCAGUGGUGUUUCCCGGGCCUGUAAGCCAGGAAGGCUGCUGUCAAUUUACCUGUGAACUUCUAAAGCAUGUCAUGUACCAACGCCAGCAACUCCCUCUGCCCUAUGAACAGCUUAAGCACUUCUACCGAAAAUCUCCCCAGGCAGAGGAUAUGGUGAAGAAGAAACCUUGGGCCACCACUGAGGCGAGCAGCAGGAAAUGCCAACAAACCCUGGCAGAACUGGAGAGUGUCCUCAGCCAUCUAGAGGUUCUCUUUGCCCGGACACUAGUACCACGAGUGCUGAUUCUCCUUGGGGGCAGUGUCAUAAGUCCCAAGGAAUUCUACGAGCUUGACUUGUCCCGCUUGGCCCCCAACAAUGUGGACCAGAGCGUGAGCACAGCAGCUUGUUUGCGGCGUAUCUUCCGAGCCAUUUUUAUGGCUGAUGCCUUCAGUGAGCUGCAGGCUCCUCCACUAAUGGGCACCAUUGUCAUGGCACAGGGGCACCGUGACUGUGGAGAAGAUUGGUUUCGACCCAGGCUAAACUACAGAGUGCCCAUACGAGGCCACAAACUGACUGUGACCCUGUCCUGUGGCAGACCCUCCAUCCCAGUCACAGCCUGGGAGGAUUACAUUUGGUUCCAGGCACCAGUGACAUUGAAAGGUUUUCAUGAGUGAAUGGGGAUGCUUCUUAAUCGUGAACACAAUGUCUAAAUGAUCUUUCCUUCUGUGGCACCAAGUUACCCAUCUCUUGCUUGGAGGUAGAGUUGCUGCCUGAUAAAAGGAAGGCUGCCUGCUUCCCCUUCUCAGACUUCUGGUGAGAUGAUGGUGUGACUGGGACUGUAAUAAUCAUCAAUGAACAACAUCUCUUUGAAUCAAAGGUGGACUGGGUCAGACUUUUCUGUUUGGGGUUGGAAAGCAAAUGUGGGCCCAUAGACACUAUUAUGGAAGUAUCCCUUUGCUAUGGCCUUUCAGAAUUUUUACCAUGGACAUAAAUGUUGGCGUGACUCAUGAACUUAAAUAUAAAAUUAAUGAAUUCAUAUUAAAUUUUCCUGAAA